CAUGCAGUAGGUCUGUGGGUACAGGUCUUCAAGGCUGUUUCCCCACAUGUGGCUUAGUGUGCAAAUGCAUCCAGUGUUCAUUGCCUCCAAACAUUAUUUAGAACAGCAGGAGACAUACACUCUGCCACAUGCAGUCCCAAAACAAUAUGCACUUUUUACAUUAAACAGGGAGCAGCAGAUUACAGUCAAACACACACAUACACCUUCCACCAAUCAGAGAUGAAAGAAAUAGAAAAAAACAAGACAAUGAGUGAGGCUGGUGUGCCAGGAGGAGUCUGAACAGUCUGACAGGCUCAUGUGCCCAGAUCUGGGUGUGUAGUCGGGUUGGUAUAUAUAUUGCAGCUGAUCAUUCUCCUUUCUUCACACUUCAAGAAAUCAUGGUGGUCAGAGGCUUAGUAAAAUUCAUCAAGGCUAAAGAUGAAUUAAACUCCAUCUUGGAAAGUUAUUCAUUUCCACAAACGACACAAAUGAUGAUCAUUGACGGUUCAAGUCUGUUCUAUUCUUUGUAUUUUCAAUCAGAUUUGGACAAGAACCAUGGUGGCGAUUAUUCUGGAUUCAAAGAGGAAGUCUGUCGAUUCUUUGACACUCUGCUUCGAUGUAAAGUUAAGUGCCAUGUCAUUCUGGAUGGAGGCUCGGAUCCUGACAAGCAAAAGACUCUCGAGUCUCGCCUUAAAGAUAAGCUGAAGACAGCAAGUGAAAUAGCAACAGAACUUUCUGGUGGCACUGUGCCAAAAAAAUGCAUCCUACCACCACUCAUCAAAGAUGUCUUUAUACAAAUCUUAUGGGAAAAAGACAUAAUAUUUCAACAGUGCUUUGGGGAGGCAGACCAAACAAUUGCUCAUCUCGCAAAUAAGCUGAACUGUCCUGCUCUAUCUAAUGACUCAGAUUUUUACAUCUUUGAUUUGUGUGAGGGUUUCCUGCCUUUAGACGACUUUCAGUGGAAAGACGAGAACAAUGGGGAAUUCCUGGCCAAGCGCUACAAACUUUCAAAGUUUUGUAAGCAUUUUAGGUUAGACCCGGCUCUCAUGCCAGUCUUUGCUUCAAUAGCAGGAAAUGAUUACUCAUGUUUAGAGUUUGUACAGCUUCCAUCACAGCCGUCAGAGACUUAUAACAUUACGCGGCUACAAGAAAUCCUCAAGUUUUUAGGGGGAGUAGACCUAACAGGAUUGAAUGUCUCUGAGAAAAGAAAGAAGUCUCUAACAGAAGCUUUUGCGUCUGUUAGUAAAACUGAUGAAAGUACACUUUUCCUUCAUUCCAUUGGAAAAUAUACCAUUCAACUUCCUGAACUUCCCGAACUUCCUUUUUGA